AUGAAGCUGCUUCCCGUGGCCUUGGGCGGUCUGGUAACCCUUCUGCAGUCCGCCGCCAUGGCCUCUGCCCAAGAGUUUGCCGAGCGAUCGGGAUCCGGCCUCAAAUGCGUCAUGUAUCUUACUGGACAGCAUCCCAACGUCCCCUCCAAGGAGCUUGUGUCUCACAUCACCCACGUGGAGCUGGCCUUCAUGAACUCGGACACCUUCAAUAAGGACGUCGCUGAGUGGCCCCUCUUCACCACCGUCGACAAGGUCCGCACCCAGUUCAUGCCUGGCACCAAGGUCAUGGUCGCCAUCGGCGGCUGGGGCGACACCAAAGGCUUCGACACGGCCGCCCGCACCCCGGAGUCGCGCAAGAAGUGGGCCCAGAACGUCGCCGAUAUGGUUAAGGCUACCGGCGCUGAUGGCAUCGAUAUGGACUGGGAGUACCCCGCAUGGUCCAGUGGCAAUGGCGAGGACUACAAGGUCAUCACCAACGAGGAAAAGAAGUGGGAGAUGGAGGGCUACCCCCUGCUGCUGGAGGAGGUCCGCAAGCAGCUCCCCGAGGAUAAGCUCAUAUCCGCCGCGACGCCCGGCCUCGAACGCGACAUGAUUGCCUUUACCAAGGAGACGGUCCCACGCAUCGUGCGCAACCUCGACUUCGUCAACGUCAUGACGUACGACAUGAUGAACCGCCGAGACAACGUCACGAAGCACCACACGGGCAUGGAGUUGUCGAGAACCGCCGUUAGAAACUACAUGGACAGAGGCGUUCCGGCUCACAAGAUCAACCUCGGCUUCGCCUUCUACACCAAGUGGUUCAAGACCACUGAUUGUCCCGAGGACAAGGAGGUCGGAUGCCCAACGCCUCUGAUGGAGGACCCUGUAACCGGCGGGGACCUGGGCCAGACGGGAGGCUUCAGCUGGAACGACGGCAUUCCGGACGACGUGAAGGCCUCUUUUGAGAGGGCCCAAAAGGACGGCAAGUAUGACAAGGAGGGCGGUGGCUACUACUACCUUGACAGGGCCGAGAAGCGGUUCUGGACAUACGACACCCCCGAUGCCAUCCUCCGCAAGUUCCCCGCCAUUGUCGACGACGAGAGGCUCGGCGGAGUCUUUGCCUGGGGCCUGGGUGAGGACGGACCCGAGUACAACAACCUCAAGGCCGUCAACGAAGGGUUGGCAGAGCGCAAGGGCAGAGGUGGUGGUGGCGGUGGUGGCCCUUGGGGCCCUUGGGGUCCCUGGGGUCCUGGCCCUCAUGAGGCCGACGAGCUGUAG